CUCAUCAUUGAGGCUCUGCAUACGGACUCUCCCGACGACCUCACCACAGAAAACCCCGAGCGCCUCAUCAGCCGCCUGGCCACCCAGAGGCACUUGGCGGUGGGUGAAGAGUGGUCUCAGGACCUGCACAGCAGUGGCCGCACUGACCUCAAGUACUCCUAUCGCUUUGUGUGCGACGAGCACUACUAUGGAGAAGGCUGCUCUGUCUUCUGCCGCCCCCGGGAUGAUGCCUUUGGUCACUUCACUUGCGGAGAGCGUGGCGAGAAAGUCUGCAACCCGGGCUGGAAAGGGCAGUACUGUACUGAGCCGAUUUGUUUGCCUGGAUGCGAUGAGCAACACGGCUUUUGCGACAAACCUGGGGAAUGCAAAUGCAGAGUGGGUUGGCAGGGGCGAUAUUGUGAUGAGUGCAUCCGAUACCCAGGCUGCCUUCAUGGUACCUGUCAGCAGCCGUGGCAGUGCAACUGCCAGGAAGGCUGGGGUGGCCUUUUCUGCAACCAGGACCUGAACUACUGCACCCACCACAAGCCCUGCAAGAAUGGUGCCACAUGCACCAACACUGGUCAGGGGAGCUACACUUGUUCUUGCCGACCUGGAUACACAGGCUCCAACUGUGAGAUUGAAAUCAAUGAAUGUGAUGCCAACCCUUGCAAGAAUGGUGGAAGCUGCACUGAUCUCGAGAACAGCUAUUCCUGUACCUGCCCCCCGGGCUUCUAUGGUAAAAACUGUGAGCUGAGCGCAAUGACUUGUGCUGACGGACCAUGCUUCAAUGGUGGGCGAUGCACCGACAACCCCGAUGGGGGAUACAGCUGCCGCUGCCCAUUGGGUUAUUCUGGGUUCAACUGUGAAAAGAAAAUCGAUUACUGCAGUUCCAGCCCUUGUGCUAAUGGAGCCCAGUGCGUCGAUCUGGGGAACUCCUACAUAUGCCAGUGCCAGGCUGGCUUCACUGGGAGACACUGUGAUGAUAACGUGGACGACUGCGCCUCCUUUCCCUGCGUCAACGGAGGGACCUGCCAGGAUGGCAUCAAUGACUAUUCCUGCACCUGCCCCCCGGGAUACAACGGGAAGAACUGCAGCACCCCGGUGAGCAGAUGUGAACACAACCCCUGCCACAACGGGGCCACCUGCCAUGAAAGAAACAACCGCUAUGUCUGCGAGUGCGCCCGGGGGUACGGCGGGCUCAAUUGCCAAUUUUUGCUCCCCGAGCCGCCUCAGGGGCCGGUCAUCGUUGACUUCACCGAGAAGUACACGGAAGGCCAGAACGCCCAGUUCCCCUGGAUCGCCGUCUGCGCCGGGAUUAUUCUGGUCCUCAUGCUGUUGCUGGGGUGCGCUGCUGUGGUCGUCUGCGUCAGGCUCAGAGUGCAGAAGAGGCACCACCAGCCUGAUGCCUGCAGGAGUGAGACUGAGACCAUGAACAACCUGGCGAACUGCCAGCGUGAGAAGGACAUUUCCAUAAGUGUCAUUGGUGCCACUCAGAUUAAAAACACGAAUAAGAAAGUAGACUUUCACAGCGAUAACUCCGAUAAAAAUGGCUACAAAGUCAGAUACCCAUCAGUGGAUUACAAUUUGGUGCAUGAACUCAAGAACGAGGACUCUGUUAAAGAAGAGCACAACAAAUGUGAAGCCAAGUGUGAAACGUAUGAUUCAGAGGCAGAGGAGAAAAGUGCAGUACAACUAAAGAGUGAUACUUCUGAAAGAAAACGACCAGAUUCAGUAUAUUCCACUUCAAAGGACACAAAGUACCAGUCGGUGUAUGUCAUAUCAGAAGAGAAAGAUGAGUGCAUCAUAGCAACUGAGGUGUAAACUAGAGGCGAUAUGGCAAGGUGGUUGUUCAGAACAAUUUCAGAGGAGACGUGCCCCGAUGAAUGC